UAAAAUCCGCUUAUGGUAGGGGUCAGUAAUCCAUGGCUCUAGAGCCCCGUGUGGCUCUUUAGCACGGCCCUAGUGGCUCCAUGGAGCUAUUUCAAAAAAUGUUUGAAAAUUGAAAAAGAUGGAGGAGGCAAAUAUUUUUUGUUUUAAUAUGCUUGCUGUAGGAGGACAAACAUGACACAAAUGUUCUUAUAAUUCAUUAAUAUUGUAACGAAGUUAAACUUGACGUGGGAUCAUACAACAGCUGUAGUCACGUGCUAUUCUCUGUAGGAUGCACUGCAGGGAAAAUACACAUUUAAUUAUAAAGGCUCAUAUAUUUGUAGCAAACCUAUUCAUUUUGAUAGUAGACUAAUAUAGGUACUACAGAUACAUAAAGCAUGUGUUGCUUUUAUUAUAAGGCUUUUAAUUUUUUUUGCGGCUUUUUUGUUGUUGUUGUUGUUGUCCAUUAUGGCUUUUUUAACAUUUUGGGUUGCCGACCCCUGACGGGGGACCUACAGUAAAUGUGUGCUUUCUCUAAAUGGAAAGUACUGUACUCUAAUGCUAUAAAACAUAAUAUUUAAACCAAUUCCCACUCGAGAUGAAUCAUUUUAUUCAUUUUGAUUUUGUAAUGUAAUUUCAUGAUUUUUAGUUUUCGUUAGUACCGCUCAGUAUCGACACAGUGUAAAGUUCCACCUGUUGAAGUGAACUGUCAUAUUACAUAAACACUGGAAUGGUGUGACACAGUUAUGCAGUGUGUGUGAGAAACAACUUUGAAGUUUGAACUGCCGUGCGUGUUUGUGAACUAGUUUGCGCCAAAGAUUCAAAGUGCAGGUGUGUCAUUCGACGUCCACUUCCUGUUCAGAAUCUUCAUUAAACAAGAGAAAGACGCGAUGGCUUCUGAGAACUUUGCUAAAGAGCACAUUGCUGAUUUGACAAACAAAGCUCGAAGCGCACAUGUGGGAAUAUCAGACCUGGAGGAAGAAUAGCAGUUAAGAAGACAUUUACCAUGGAUGGAGGCUUUGGUUGUUUUGUGUGGACUGUGUUUUUGAUGAUGGUUGACUGGCACCCUUUGCUUCCCACAGCUAUACAGGAAUAUGAAGGCUUGCAAAUGAGGCAUGAAGCAGCAACUAAGGAGUGUAAGAUACUGGAAGAGGAACGAGAUGAGGCCAUUAAGAGACUCACUGAAUUUCAACAAGUUUCUGCAAUGGUCAUUGAAGAGGUCAAUGCCAUCCAGGAGAACCUGGAGGUUGAGAGAACAUGCAGAGAAAGCGCUGAAGCCCUGGCCUCCAAGUUGAACCAUCAGAACCGCUCCCUGAAACGGAAAAGCAUGAUGUUGCUGUCCUACCUCAGCCCGGAAACCAUUAGUGAGAUAAACAUUGAGGAUGAAGAUGAAGGUGACGAGCUAAUGGCUGCCAACUGCUUGUCAACCACGUGCCAGACCAAAAUCUCAGACCUGCAAAGUAAAUUGCAGUUGACACAGAGGGAGAAAGAUCAAGUAGGUCAUGAUCUUGCAAGGCUGACAGAACAACUAGAGGAAACACGGCAAGAACUGCUGAAGGAAAAACACGAGAACACCAAUUUAACGGCUGAGACAGUACAGCAAAAGAAGCUACUGAAAAAAUAUAACAGAGUGUCUCAAUUUGCUGUUGAGGAAUACAAAGUCUUGCAAGAUACUUUGAACCUGGAGCGGGAUCUGAGAGAGGGAGCAGAGAACUUUGCCAGAGCAAUGGUCGUUGAGCAAAAGAUGCUGAAGAGACAGAGCCAUAUCCUGAUGCAGACCUCCUCCCCAAGCCACGCAUUACAGGAGGCGCUCAGCCAGGUUACAUUACUGACCAAGGAUUUGGAAACCAUGAGGCAGGAGCACCAGAGCCAGAUAAAGCAACUGGAGGACAAAUUGAGUAGUUGUGAGACACUAAAGGAGCUGACAGCCUUGAGGUGUAAACUUGAGCUUGUGGAGGAGGAGAAGAGGGAUUUCAGUGACAAGUGCUCCAAGGCCCAAGCGGAGGUCAAGGAUCUGAGGUUUACAGUUGAGGAACUUCAAAAGAGACUACAGACAGCUACCAACCCUGCACAUCCUCCUGGACCACCAUGCCCACCGCCACCCCCUCCACCACCUCCUCCAACCCUUGCAGCAGCCUUAAACCCACUCAGCUCCCUGCUGUCAUUGAUCAGAAAGAGACAAAACAGCAGUGACAUUCCACUCGUGGUCACCAAUUCUGACAAGAAGCCAGAAAUGGAUGUCAGACAACAAGCUGUCGAGGAAAUGAUGAAUAGGAUCAAGAAAGGUGUUCAGCUUCGGCCUGUCGGUCAGAGACAUAACAGGAGUCAGCAGACAGGGAGGAUGCCUGCUCAAUCAGCCUUCCAGGAACUUAAAGCAAUCAUGGGAAAUUUUGACAGAACUGCUUCCCAAGAAAAAACAACACCUUCAUCAACAUCCCAAGAUGACGAACUAAAGAAAAUCCUGCUGAAACGGCGUGAUGUUCUGGAAGCAUCUAAAACAUCUUAAUUUUUUUUUUUUUUUUUUUUUUUAAUCAAGACAGCCAGUUGUAUUUUUUUCUGCUUUGCACGUUUCCUUUCAUAGAAGAAACAAAUAAAAAGACAAUAGUGAAUAAUUAAAUACAUCAGAAAUGAGUCAGAUCAGAGACCUUUUCUUCCAAGGAAAUGACGUGUCCCAAAAUGGCUUAGAAUUGCCUAGAU